AUGCUUAAAAGAAAAGAAAUAGAGAAUGAUAGUGAUGAUGAUGAAAAGGAGGAGAGGGAGAGAGUAUACACAAGGGCAGAGUUGGAUAGACUGUACAAACAAGAUGUAUACGAGAUAUGUUUAAAGAGAGGCAUGCAAUCAAUCACAUACGACUCGACAAAAGAACAGUUUAUACAAAAGAUACUCAAACAACAAGAGAGACAAGACCUUCAUUUAAAGAAGAUUGAACAACUCAAGAAAGGAAUUCUUACAAAGAAUAAUAGUACUACAAAUAAUAAUAAUAAUAAUAAUAAUAAGAAUGAUGAUGAAUAUUAUAAUGGAUAUGCAUUACCGUGGUUUAUCAUCAAGAAUAUAUUGACACUAGCAUACAAAAGUACUGGUUCAAAUAUUUGUACAUGUGUGUAUAGUGACCGACUAGGAGAACUUGUUUGUAAGAGAGACAAGUUUAGUGUUAAAAAAGAUAGACGACUAUUUGUAGAUAUGCAAAUGCAACCUCUAAUACAAGAACAUUCACUCAAACGAGAGGAUAUGUGUCCUACACAUCAAUACUACUAUGAUAUGGAGUACAAACCAUCAAUCCGGUUUGGGUACAAUCACGACCACUUCAUUAAUGAUGAUAGUAAACGUUGGAAACGAUCAUUGUCACUCGUAUCAAAGAGGGUGUUUGGAUUGGUGUCAACCACUCUCUUGACCAAAGUUACUAUGCGACCAACCAAGGAAAUGUGGAAUCAUAUCAAAAACAAGUAUUGUAUCAUCAAGAGACCUACUACAUUGACACUCCAAGACUACUACGAGGAUCACCACAAACACAGAUUUUUUCUUUCAAGUGAAAUGGAAGAGGACAAAGAGGUGUUUUUUAAAUCCGAUCAUCCCAACAAAAUCAUACCAAUGGAUCUGUUCAAAGAUGUUAAAAAGAUAUAUGUCAAGACUUCAUACCUAUUGAAAACAGCCGAUAAUGUAGUCAAGUUGUCUUAUACUAUACCCAACCUAACCAACAUUGUACAUGAACGUGGUAUAGUCGACGUACCCACCUUUAGAGCACUCCUAACAUGUUUUAGAGGGUUGACAUCACUCAGUCUCGGUCAUACCUCUGAUAUUGACCAUUCAGAGAUAUGUUUUACAAUGCUCAGGCCUGGUACAUCAGUCACCAAGCUUAUCCUUCCCAAUCACUUUAAUUGGAAUAGGUUGGAUGCUCGAGUCAAACAGAAUCUACGUGUCGUAUCAUUGGUAUCAAACAAAGAGACAGGUGUGCUUCCUGAACUCAAACAAGAAGAUUUCCCUAAACUCCAACACACAUAUCUCACAACGACAUACAAUCAAGAAAUCAAUCAAGCCAGUCAUACCAGAGAGUGUUUGGAAGUUUACUAUUUUUUCAUCUACUUAUAG